UCUAGCCUCAAAUUACGAGGGUCCUGCGCCUGACCCUUCCGAGUGGUGAUGGCUUGUUCGACGUUGGCCACUUGGCUCCACUCCUCUUCCUCCGUUAUCUCUCACUCUCUCCUUCCCUUCCUCUUUCGCCGCCGCCCUACUCUUCUUCCUUCUAAUCUCCGCCCCCUCAUGUCCACCCCCAACCGCCUCAGAAAUCCUCUAAUGGAGGUCCAUGCUCAGGCCAAGCGAGGCUUCUCUGUCAAAGAAGACGAAGUAGCUUCACCGGCUGAUCUGAGCUUUGAGGCACCUCUCAAAAUUGUGGAAUACCCAGACCCUAUACUAAGAACCAAGAAUAAGCGAAUUGAUACAUUUGAUGAUAAUUUGAAGAAAUUAGUUGAUGAGAUGUUCGAUGUAAUGUACAAAACUGAUGGCAUUGGUCUCUCAGCACCCCAAGUUGGAAUUAAUGUUCAACUUAUGGUGUUUAAUCCGGUUGGGGAACGCGGUGAAGGGGAGGAGAUUAUUCUUGUAAAUCCUAGAGUAAGCAAAUAUUCGAAAAAGGUGGUGCUCUUUAAUGAAGGGUGCUUAUCCUUUCCAGGGAUCUAUGCAGAUGUGGAGAGACCAGAGUCUGUAAAGAUUGAUGCAAGGGAUAUUACUGGUGCCAGAUUUGUUUUUAACUUGUCGGACCUUCCUGCACGUGUGUUUCAGCAUGAAUUUGAUCAUUUGCAGGGAAUUCUUUUCUGUGAUAGAAUGACUGAAGAAGUUCUUGACAAUAUUCGUGCAGAGCUACAGGCCUUGGAAAAGAAAUAUGAAGAUAAGACUGGAAAUCCAAGCCCAGAAAAUAUAGCUUCCAGACAAAGAAGGAAGGUGGCUGCCGGUUUUGGAAAAUCAUAAACUUAGAUAUAGGCUUCCAGGGAUGCAUCAGAUACACAGAUGGAAUACAAGUAUUUUGCGACUUUGCAGGUACCAUAGCCCAUAGAUGAUUGAUUAACAAGUUGUGACAAAUAUUUAUGUAUAUUUCUUAUCAUGCAUAAUGUCUUUGCAUGGGGCAUUGAAUCUGUAAAGUAAUGGCUUUUCUAAAAGUCAUUCCACAUUAAUAGUGUGAUGUGACCAUAGGUUUAAGCUGCUGUGGUUAUUGUAAAACAUGUUUUGUAGUUACUGUCAUUGAAUUUUCAAUCUGUGAGAAACAUAAACAAGGAAAUGUUUAUGAUAUAACCUUUGUUUCUGAGUUCUA